CUCUACAGGCCCAGAGCCCUGCUUCACUCGCCCUCUCCUUUGUGUGUGGGCACUGUGGCUGUAGGGCUAAGUGGGCAUCAUGGCCGCUCAGAAAGAUCUCUGGGAUGCCAUUGUGAUCGGGGCAGGUGUCCAGGGCUGCUUCACUGCAUACCACCUGGCCAAACACGGGAAGCGGGUUCUUCUGCUGGAGCAGUUCUUUCUACCACACUCCCGAGGAAGCUCCCAUGGGCAGAGCCGGAUAAUCCGAAGGGUGUACCCUGAAGACUUUUACACCCAGAUGAUGGAUGAGUGCUACCAGAUGUGGGCCCAGCUGGAGCAAGAAACCGGAACCCAAUUAUACAGGCAGACUGGAGUACUGCUUCUGGGAAUCAAGGAGAGUCAAGAUUUAAAGACAAUCCAGGCUACUUUGUCUAGGUGGGGGGUGAAACACCAGCGUCUUUCAUCUGAAGAACUGAAGCAACGUUUCCCCAAUAUUCGGUUGGCCAGGGGAGAAGUGGGGCUCUUGGACAAGUUCGGUGGAAUUCUCCAUGCGUCCAAGGCCCUCAGAGUGCUCCAGGAUGCAGUUCAACGACUAGGAGGCAAAGUGUGUGACGGAGAGAAGGUGAUGGAGAUAAAACCAGGGUUACAGAUCACGGUGAAAACCACCUCCAGCACCUACCAAGCCAAGAACUUGGUCAUCACAGCAGGUCCUUGGACCAAUCGGGUCCUUUCUCUCCUGGGAAUUGAGCUGCCUCUCCAGACCCUGCGGAUCAAUGUGUGUUACUGGCGAGAGAAGGUUCCCGGAAGCUAUGGUGUGUCUCGGGGUUUUCCAUGCUUACUGGACCUGGGCCUCAGCCUGGCUCCCCACCACAUCUAUGGGACGCCCUCCAUGGAGUACCCAGGGCUGAUGAAGGUCAGCUAUCACCACGGCAACAAUGCAGAUCCCGAGGAGCGGGACUGCCCCGCAGCAUUCUCAGAUGCCCAGGACAUCCAGAUCCUGAGCCGCUUUGUCAGAGAUCACUUACCCGACCUAGAGCCCAAGCCUGCCAUCGUGGAGCGCUGCAUGUACACGAACACCCCUGACGGGCACUUCAUUCUUGAUCGACAUCCAAAGUAUGACAACAUUGUCAUUGGGGCUGGAUUCUCUGGGCAUGGAUUCAAGCUAUCCCCUGUUGUGGGCAAGAUCCUGUACGAAUUAAGCAUGAAAUUAACACCAUCCUAUGACUUGACACCUUUUCGAAUCAGCCGCUUCUCUGGCCCGGGCAAAGCUCACCUUUAACCCCUGGCCAGCAGCCUCCCUUAUCGCCUUCUCAGAUGGAGGAAGUGGCUGUGAGAGGCCACCCCUUGCUCCUGCUCUUGAGUCCCCCGUAAACACCAGAUGAUUUAAUCUGCCUUCCUUCCUGUCCAGCUCCCCAGUGACUUUUCAGAUGGAUGUCCAUAUGAGGAGGGGGCAUAAGGACUGGCACAGGAGACCAAAGCAGUUGUUAAAAUUCUCUUCACUGGGACAGCUGAUGAAUUUGAAAUGGAUUUGAUUAAAGCUGCUCGGGGAAGGGUAAAUAAGAUGAUUCGUAGGUGACUGCUGCUCUUGAAGUUCCUUUCUUAAAACUAGAGCCACCCUCCACUAUAAACUCCAAUAAAAUCUGGCUCAUCAUGCACCAUAAGUGUUUGUUG